GUGUUUAAGUCUACGGCUGCUACUGGUUGGGUUGCAGGCUUCAACCCCUUCAACCAAUCGCCUUUUGUUACGUAUUUCGUCUGUUCACAUUUGUUUUGACGUUGGUCGUCGGGUUUUUACUUCACAAUGUUACAGUGCGUUAAUUUAAUAAUUUGUAUGGUUUGUUUUGUGUUGAUGGGAACAGUGGAAGGCAGAGGAAACCAGUACGUCACAUGUGGAUCUGUAAUAAAACUUCUGAAUGUUGGUUACAAAGUUCGGCUUCACUCUCAUGAUGUUAAAUAUGGCACUGGAAGUGGUCAACAGUCGGUGACAGGAAUUAGUAUACAAGAAGAUGUCAACUCAUACUGGGAAGUAAAGGCUGAAACUAAAAAGCAUUGUAACCGAGGCGAACCUAUCAAGUGCAGGGAGGUGAUAAGGCUACAGCACCUGGGGACGUCCAAGAACCUCCACUCACAUUACUUCUCCUCGCCGCUCACCGCCAACCAGGAGAUAUCUGCCUACGGGGAUGACCGAGGGGAGGGCGACACCGGGGACCACUGGAUGGUGGUGUGCAGCGGCGAGUACUGGGACCGAGAACAGCCGGUCAUGCUGAAGCACGUGGACACCGAUGCGUAUUUGUCGGCGACUGGUAGAUCAUAUGGCCAUCCAAUAAAUGGCCAAGUUGAAAUAGCUGGCAUUUCAUCGUCGUCGUCGAACAACGUUCAGUGGCAAGUGAAAGAAGGGGUUUUCAUUCAUCCUAGCGAAUUCAACACUCAUCACGUCCACACUGAAUUGUAGCAAGAAGUCUGUUGAGAUUUUUUAAAUACCUACUUUUGAAUGGGUAGGAGUUGCGUGAAAUGUUUAUUUGGUGUAUGAGCCGUGUUCAAAGUAUCAAAAUUAGUUUUGUUUAAAAUUUGGAUGUGUAUUAUUUAUUAGUUAUUAACGAAAGAGCCAAAAUAGUUUAACUAUUAUUGCUCAUGUUUAAAUGGAUAUUGAAAGGCACCUCAAAAAAAAACAUACAAAUUACUAUUACUACUAUGUUGAUCAUUCCUUAGGAAGGAAUGUAUAUUGCAGCGUAGCAGCAUAGCUGCAGCAUUGUCAUCUUUGGUAACAGUAUUUUUGUGUGUUUUAUUGUUUUUUGAGCAUAUUUUAGUUAUCAAACAAUAUUUUGACUCUGAAAGGCUGUAUUUUUAUGUGAAAUUAGGAUAAUUAUUUCUAAAAUUAUUUUGAAUGUAACAAUGAAGUUUUAAUCACUUCCUAUUUAGUUCUAUUCAUAAUAUUGUUUAUGAGCGUAAGUGUUAUCCACAUUGCUGCAGUGUGUUUUGUAUAUUUAUUGAAUAUAUAGUUUUGAAACCAAUAUUUGUUGAUCACUACAAACUACUUGCGGUUCAUUCGCUUUAAAUAUUCGUCAUGAAAACUAGUUUUAGAAGGGUGGGUCCUUUUCCAUGUAAAAUGAAUGAAUUUUUUGUGGUAAUUAUUAGUUAAAUAUUGGUUUUUGAAACUUCAGCAUAUUUGUAGAUUUCGGUAGACUUAUUAUUGAAUGAGGUAGAUCAAGUUAAUAGGCUAAUAUCACCUGUGAUCACGUCAUGCGCCUGGGGGUUAAAGAUAGAUCUUGAGCAAGGGUCAAACUCCAGCCAAUUACAGUUGAGCAGCAUUUUUUUCCUCUCCUCACAUUUGCAUAUGUUUUCGUGACAGAUCAGCAUCUUCCUGCAGUGAGAGUUGAUUGCGUGCUGCCAUGUUUGUUGUUAGCAAGCCUUACAGAACAGAGUAUGAAAUAGUAUGUCUGCAUGUUGAAAGAGGCCUGCAAAGAUUUGUUAGUUUCAAGUGUUGUUGGGGUCGAACUUAAGAGUUUAUGAGAGUGGAAAACGUGGCUGACAUUGCAGUGAGCCAUUGGGUGUUCAGGGUGCAGCCAGUUUUCCCCCAUCCACUCAAUUCGUCACUGCUCCAUUCACCUCUCAUCACGUCUCGUCUCCAACAACCUUGACAUGAGACGUUUAGUCCUUAUUCAUUUGUUUGUGGAUGAAGAUGCUGGUCCAGUUAACAAAAUUUAUAAUUAUGCUCCCACGUGAAAUGUUUUUUUCAGCAAUGUGUAGGCAUAUCUCUAUAUUUAUUGAUGUUUAACAGUCAUGUGCCUAAAAUUCCUGUGUUUGUGUUAAUGUGUAGAUUUAUUAUUCAGUAUUAGGGGCAUGUAUUUUCUGCGAAAAGAUUUCGAGACUAUCUGAGAGUUAAAACACUGUAGCAUCGUCUGUGUUUUGUGAUUGGGAGAAUUUCUUUCGUCUACUGUUAGAACACCAAUCACAGUAAUUCAUUGUGGAAGCAGAUGCAUCCUGAUUGGCAUGGUCAAACAAGGCAAUGGCUUCUCUUGCACAUGGCUGCCAAUUACAAGGAAGAAACCGCUGGCCCAGGCGCACCAAUUUGCAGUCUAAUGGGCAUUCAUUUUUUUUUUCAUGAAAAAUGCUUGGCUCUAUGCCUUGGUCUUUGGCUUUGUCGACAGGUCAGAAAUGGUUUUAAAUUCUGUACGAAUAUCAUAAGGAUUAGCUUCAAGCUCUUUUUUAUGUAUAUUAUCCUGUCUAGUUUAAUGAGUAUAUUUGAAUUGUUAACUGUGGCCAUACAAAAUUCUAUUAGAUUUUGUUCUGUAAGCCAUGCUGACAAUGCUUCAUUGACCUUGCAUCAUUUAGCAUCAUCAAUGAGUAAGAGUCUACUGAUUCUUAAAUGCCACCAGAUUGUUAGAUUUUCAUGCUUAUGACAUAUGCUGGGCCACUCUGAUGUGUUUUCCUCUUGUGUUAGUUUUGUAAGGAACGAAACAAUUGUCCUUCCUUGAAUGUGAGAUAACCAUAUAAUAAUUAAUAGUAACGCUGCAAGUUAAUCUUAAGUAAAUGGUUCUUUUUAAGGAAUCAUCUCACAAAUUAUUUUUCAAAUAUCCUGUGGAAAUUAAAUGGAAAACAAAUUGCUGUACUUUUAUUACUCGGUGGGUCGCAAACUAUUGGCUGCUUUUGAAUUCCUUCUAGGUUUGGUUUCACCCUUCAUAUUCAAUUUUUUUGUUUUUCGAUCAUUGCAUAUUUGCGUAAAUAAAUUUAUUGAUGAUUAGGUUAUAGAAGCUAUUAAGUAUGUUUUAACCAGACAUAUAAACUCAGAAACGGAACUUUUAGUGAGUGACCAUGAUACAAUUAGUUAAAAAAAAAUUAGAAUUUGACUGAACUGACUUUUAAAAAGGGCAGAAAAAUAGUUGCACAUAUCUGGCGAUAUUCGAUACACGGAACACAAUGCAGUGUUUAUGUAAUGGAAGAUGGUGAGAAAUUGUCACGGAUAAAAAAUUAUGGCACCUGUAAAUGAGGUAACAAGCAUGGGAGAUGAAACCAAGCCUUUAAAGGACCCUUUGGCCUGAAUGACCCUAAAAAAAAUUAAUCUUAAAGGAUGUUUGCUAUUUUUGUUGAUCUUUCGAAUAGUUGAAAGAAUCCUUGCAGAAUCCAAAAUGCAGCCUUAUGUGAAAGGACAAGUCACUCUUGACCUUACAGCAACCUUGUAGUUUUUAAGGGGAUUGUGGUGUUCUCUUUAGUAGAAGUGUGACAAUAGUCGGUAGUUGAACCAGCUUUGAAACAUGUACAAAUUAAAAAUUGCUUGUAAAUAAAUUUGUGAAGAAUCUGUGAGAUGAACAGAUAUCCACAAAAAAUGUACAUACUUGCUAGUUUCUCACGAAAUGCUACAUUUAAAUGAAAGGAGCCAUUGGUUAAGGUUGCAUCUGUAAAGGAAGCACCAUUACUAUUGGGAAACAGCCAUGGUUUUUAAUUUACUUACAAAAAAUUUAAGUGUUUUUAAACUGUUACUUUUUUUUUUUGUAAACCUCAAGCCAAAGAGUAAAUGAUUAAAAUUUGUUCGCCUGUA